AUUGUCUAUUCAUAAAAGCAUAUUUUUGCCACAGGUUUUCACAGCUAGAAUCAUCAUGUUGACUAGGGCUUACCUGAGGAAAAUGAAACCAAACUCUCCAUACUUAGACAACUUUCUUGACACUGGUGAACAUCCCGAGGAUCAAAGAACAUAUGUGAUGUUCCAUGGCACCUCAAUAGAGGCUGCAGAGCUGAUUAAGAAGAAUGGCUUCAUACCAUCAAGAGCAGAUAUCAGCAUGCUUGGUGCUGGUGUUUAUGUUACACGGGACAUUCAAAAAGCCUGUAAAUACCCUCCUGGUGUUUCCAAAUCUAAGAGAAGAGUACUAAAAGUCAGAGUGGAUGUAGGGAAGGUGAAGAUCAUAGACCAGCAGGAUCACCCCAUGCAGAAGACCUGGCACACCGAGCAUGGAUAUGACACCGCCUGGGUUCCACCUGGGGUCAAUAUGGUAGAAAGCAACCAACAGGAGAACUGUGUCUACGACCCAAAGAGAAUCACAGUAAUGGAGGUUAUGAAAGUAAACAAAAAUACUAUGUAAGUAGGAAAGAGACUGUUGUAGUGCAAACCCUCUGAUUGGUUUUACCUACGAUGAUGCAACAGAUACAUUCUAGAGCUUUCCAACUGAUUUGUUUUUAGAGCCUAGUUUGGGAGGUCAGAUGACCAGGAAUUCCAAAAAUCUAAAUUUCCAUAAUGGCCUUAAAAUCAAGUCUCUUUUAACAAAUCAUUAUUUUAAAUAAACUAUGUAGCGAAUAGAAGCUAAUAUAAUAUCAUAUUGAAGCAACAACGGUCUCCCUGUCAUACAGAUCUAGAUACCGUCAUCUUCAGAGUGGAGUCACCCCUGAGGACAGCCACGUCUAUGUGAUGUAUCAUGGAACAUCAAAACAGGCUGCAGUAGAAAUACAGAGAUAUGGCCUCAAACCAUCCACAGAUGGAAUGCUUGGUGCGGGUGUCUAUGUCAGUCGAGACAUCAGAAAAGCCAUUAAAUACCCCAUUGUUGCUGAUGACUCAGACAGGAUGGUUCUGAAAGUGAAGGUGGAUGUUGGCAGGGUUAAGAUCAUUGAUGUGCAGGGUCACGACAUGCAAUACAACUGGCAUACUAAGCAUGGGUAUGACACUGCCUGGGUUCCACCUGGUGUUGACAUGGUGACGAGCAACCAAGAGGAAGAAUGUGUCUACGACCCAAAGAGAAUCAAAGUGUUGGCAAUGCUGAAAGUGUCCACCAUGAAAAUGUGAGUGAUAUUGAGCCACAGUCAGUACCUUAUCACAACAAUGGAAGUACCCCUACAGUAGAAGUGUUUAAGGGCACUUGAUGUGAGCCCCACUAUACAUACAUGCAGGUUUUAAUUUAGACAUGUUGUAUUCUAUCCUCUUUCCUGCAGGUUAAACCCGUCACUGUAGAACUGAUGGCGUUCUGCAUUCAGAGGGAGCAUCCAGCAUCAACUCAUGGUCAUCAGAUGAGGAUGGUUAGAAUCAGACGGUCCCCCAUAAAGCAGUUCAUAGGAAGAGGAUGCUUUAUUUUGCAGGCCCACACGAUGAUUUCACAUGGCAAUCUAUAUGCAAUCAAUCAUAUAACCUUAUCAUAUCAAAUAUGUGUCAUAUUUACUUCAUGUAAAUAAUGCAUGUGUAUCAAUGAUCCUUGUUCCUAUAAUAAAUCUCAAAUAAACACGUUUCCCACAUUGUUUCUUGUGUUUCCCCCCCUCCGAAUUUCAAUCAGUUAAUCUGUUGAAGUAUCUGUGUUGCGGAAAUAUAUGAACUAAUUUAGACAAUGUUGUGUGUCUUCCAUAGACUUAUAAUAAUGGUGUGUUCCAGUUUCCAACUGGUGGCAGCUGAGUUCUCACUGUUUGUAAAAGGCGUCAGCAGUUUUGAAAUGCUCAGAUUGGGAAACCAUAUAUGUUUAUGGUUAUGAACGUGUUAGACUACCUCUACUAUCUGAGUGGGUGUGGUUGCUUUUCCCUUACAUAGAGGUACAUUUUUUGUACAAGCAUUUCGCUACACCCGCAAUAACAUCUGCUAAACAUGUGUAUGUGACCAAUAGAACGUGAUUUGAUCAGGGUUAUACAUUCUGAUGGACUAUGCUCUAGAUCAGCGAUCAUCCACUAGAUUCAGGCGCAUGGCCGAUUUUGUUUCUUGAACGGAUGGUCAGGGGGCCGGAACAUAAUUACAAAUAAUUUGUAGACUGCAAAUUGACCACAAGAAGCGCAAACAAAUAUAAUAUUAGACUAAAACAUAAUUUCAAACCUCUAUUAUGCGUGGGAAUACUUUGGAACAGAUUUCCCAAAAUUAAAAUCACUUGGAGCUGAUGUGCUGGUGUUUUUAUAGUCUUUUAUGUCCAACAAUUGAACUGGCCCACCAGUUGGAGAACCCUACUCUAUGUGCCUUAUCAAUCUUUGUGUAGAGACGAGUUUAAACCAGGAAAUUAAAGCACUAAAGCACUCUGUAAGAAGCACUACUGUAGGUUUCCUAAGAAUACUGUUUAAUAAUCCUGCAUUUGUCUAGCAAUAGCAGGUAAGAACAAUCUUCUGUAAUUCUAGACAAAUUAACAGUUUUGCUAUUGACCACUUCACUGAUAUAUAUCAAACAAUCCCUCUUUAUAGAGUAUAAAAUGUUAUUCAUAAUAAUGUUACAACAACACUAUUGUAAUAUUACUGUAACAAUAGUGAUUCAGCAUAUUGUUAUUGCAUACAUAUCACUAUUUUGUGUAACAGUUUCAGUUAAAGGACUAUUUAAUUAUGGCCUGCUAUUACAAAGUGUAAUUGUGCAUUGUUUUGACUUAUAUUACAGCUCAUCUCAGCAGAGGUGUAUUCAGCUGCAGUUGGUUACUAGCUUAUGGCUAACUCCCCAUACUACAUCAACUAUCUAGACAGCAACACACUCCCUGAAGAUCAGACAGAACAUGUGAUGUUCCAAGGCACCACAACAGAGUUAAUUAAGAAGAAUGGUUUCACACCAAGUGCAGACUACAGUGUUCUUGGAGCUGGUGUCUUUGUCAGUCGGGACAUUCUAGAAGCCAUUGAAUACUCUCUGGUGUCCCUACUGGAAGAAAAGAGUACUUCAAGUCAGAGUGGAUGUGGGGAAGGUUAUUAUCAUAGAAGAGAAGAACCACCCCAAGCAGAAGACCUGGCACACGUGCAUGGCUAUGACACUGCCUGGGUACCACCUGAGGUUGGCAUGGAAGAGAAGGACUGUCUUGGCAGCAGCUAA